CUUCCAAAUCCCACAACACUGCAUCGUCAGUUGCUGUGUCAAACAAACACCAUGGAGAACACGAGAGUGUUCGUCUCUGGUCUUCCACCAACCCUCUCCAAUGAGGAUUUGGGGAAGCACUUUUCCAGCCGGUUCACUGUGACUGAUGCUCAUGUCAUUCCAAAGCGCAGGAUCGGCUUUGUGGGCUUCAAAAAUGCUGAGGCGGCAAAGCAAGCCGCUGAUUACUUUAAUAGAACAUUCAUAAGGAUGUCCAAGAUCUCAGUAGAGAUUGCUCGUCCAGUUAAAUCAGAUAAUACUCAGACCGCCCAGGCGGCGGCUGAGAAGGCUAAGAAAAGAUCAAAGCCGGAUGAAUCUCUUGCUGCCAAUUCGCUCAAGCGCAAACGUGAUGAGAAUAACACCCAGGAAGAUACUAAAUUACAGGAAUAUCUAUCUCUCACUCAAAACACUAAGAAGAGAACGUGGGCGAAUGAUGAUAUUAUAGCUGAAACGCUUACAUCAGUCAACGCCAAUGGACAGUCUGUAGGUGUCGAGCAGCCUGUCGAGGAUGUGGGUCAGGCCCAGAGGAAGAAGACCAAGGUUGAGACUGCAGUACCUAGCGAACAUAAAGCGCCUGUCCAGGAACACGUACAACAUGCUGUCGUCUCGGAGCCAGCUUCUAAUCGCACAGCCGAUGGUGAAGCAGACGAGGACAUGGCAGAUGACGUGCCUGCGGAGACCGAGCCCAAAUCAGAUGCUGACUGGCUUCGAUCGAAGACAAGCCGUUUGCUCGGGCUCCUUGAUGAGGAGGAGCAAGCAGAGCAUGACACAGCUGUGCCUUCGAGUCGCUUCGAACCAGUGGAGGAUGACGAUGACGAUGACGAUGGUCCUCAGUCGGGGGGAGUUGCACUCGAUAAAACGACUCCGAUCCCCACAGCGAAUGCGGAUGCAGAUGCAGAUGUGGCAGCGAAGCAGGAAGAAAAUGAUGCCAACAUUGAGCUUAUCAAUAAUUCUGCUCGCUUGUUUGUACGGAAUUUGCCGUACGAUGCGACGGAAGCAGAUCUCGACCCCAUUUUUUCGCCGUUUGGAAAAACUGAAGAGAUACAUGUCGCAUUCGAUACGCGCUCCACGUCAAGUAAAGGAUUCGCUUACGUGCAAUAUGUCGAUGCUUCCUCGGCCAUCGAUGCCUAUAAAGCUUUGGACGGGAAAACCUUCCAAGGCCGAUUGCUUCAUAUUCUCCCAGCCUCUGCGAAGAAGACGUAUAAGAUAGAUGAAUAUGAACUAUCCAAGUUACCCUUGAAGAAACAAAAACAGAUAAAACGGAAAAUGGAAGCUUCUUCAUCGACGUUUAGUUGGAACUCUCUCUAUAUGAACACCGAUGCUGUUAUGUCUUCCGUGGCGGAGAGACUUGGAGUCUCCAAAGCCGAGCUUCUGGAUCCGACCUCUGCGGACGCUGCGAUCAAGCAGGCUCAUGCGGAGACUCAUGUGAUCCAGGAGACCAAGGCGUACUUCUCUUCUAAUGGGGUCAACCUCGAUGCUUUCAAGCAAAAAGAGCGUGGGAACACCGCCAUACUCGUAAAGAAUUUCUCCUUCGGAGUCAAGGCGGCCGAUCUGAGAAAGCUAUUUGAACAGUAUGGUCAGCUCACUAGGCUGCUAAUGCCCCCCAGUGGCACUAUAGCAAUUGUGGAAUUUUCACAACCAGAUGAAGCCCAAAAAGCCUUCAAAGGUCUUGCGUAUCGCAAGUUGGGAGAUUCAAUCCUGUUCCUGGAGCGAGCGCCUAAAGAUCUCUUUGAUAGCACGUCCGCUCCGCAGCAGUCAGUGCUGGAGGCGAAGGCUGUGUCUCAAGGCUUCUCAACGGCCGAUACAUUUGCGGCAGAGGAUACUCAGGAUCAACUUCUGACAUCAACCCUCUUCGUACGCAACUUGAACUUCGCAACGACCAAUGCGCGGUUAACCGAAGUAUUCCAACCAUUGGAUGGCUUCUUAUCCGCUAAGGUCAAAACCAAACCUGACCCGAAACGCCCUGGCCAGACUCUCAGCAUGGGAUUCGGCUUUGUCGAGUUUAGGACUAGUGCGCAAGCCCAAGCAGCACUGGCUGCUAUGAAUGGCUAUAAGCUAGAUCAGCAUGAGCUCGUCAUCAAAGCAUCUCACAAGGGCAUGGAUGCUGCGGAAGAGCGGAGACGCGAAGACACUGCAAAGAAGAUUGCGGCACGCAGGACGAAGAUUAUCAUUAAGAACCUGCCGUUCCAGGCAACGAAAAAGGAUGUCAGAUCGCUCUUUGGAGCGUACGGACAGCUGCGCUCUGUGCGGGUUCCCAAGAAGUUCGACCACAGUGCUCGUGGUUUCGCGUUCGCUGAUUUUGUCAGUGCUCGCGAAGCAGAAAACGCUAUGGACGCGUUGAAGAACACGCAUCUUCUUGGCAGGCGCUUAGUCCUGGAGUUCGCGUCCGAGGAGGCUGUCGAUCCCGAGGCGGAGAUCCAAAAGAUCGAGAAAAAGGUGGGGGAGCAGGUGGACAGGGUCAGGAUCCAAAAGCUUACUGGAACGGGCCGAAAGAAAUUCACUGUAGGGGCCCAGGACGAGGAGGAAAGCUAAGUCCCUGUGUCCCUGUUGACAGGGAGAGCUAUGGCGGUCGUGCUGUCAUCCCUUGCUUAGCCGUUCUUAGUACUCUAGAUAACCGUGCCCUCACACGUUCUUCCUGCUUUAGGGCUGCUGUCA